CACUCUCUCUUUUCUCAAAUACUAACCAAAAUCUCUUGCUAAUUUCCAUUGAUGGAUUUCUCAUACUUGUUUUAUUUGAUUGUUCUCAUUUUCUUUCUUCAAAUAUCAAGUAGCUCACCAGUCACAGUUGCCACCGUCCCUGUUAAUAAUCUUCAACAACCCAAACUUCUCAUCAGCUUGGAGACCGGGGAUGGCGUUGUGAGUAUUAAUGUGGAGGAAGCCAAAGAAUUGUUGAGCUCCGGCCAUCUUUAUCUUGAUGUUAGGACAAUUGAGGAAUUUGACAAAGGACAUGUAGAUAAUGCCAUCAAUGUUCCCUACAUGUUUUCCACUCCAGAAGGGAGGGUUAAAAACAGUGGGUUUGUGGAACAGGUCUCCUUUGAAUUCAAAAAGGAAGAUCAUAUUGUUGUGGGAUGUCAAAGUGGGGUUCGAUCGCUCUAUGCAGCUGAGGGAAUCUGUGGUGGUAGUGAUUCAAGUAUGAGAACAUAUAUUUAUUCUCUUCACUUAUUGCAGGGUUAUAAGAAUGUAAAGAACAUGGGAGGAGGUUACCUUGCAUGGGUGCAGAAUGGAAUUACUGUCACAAAGCCAAAAGAUGAGUUGAAGUGAUAUAUAAUACAUGUGCUUGUGCUUUAUUUAAGCUUUGUAAUUCGAGUUGUUGCACUUAAUUGAUUUGAACAAUAACACUGUCAAGUUGACAUUCUUGUUAUAUGUGAAUUCCCAACAAAGAUAUGAACUCAACUUUUAUUCUACCGGCUAGAGCCAUCUAGUCAACAAAGGGGGAAACAUUUGAUGAAAUUUGAGAUGGGCUUUAUUAACAAUGUU